AAAAUGCAAUAAUUUUUUAUUCCGGGAUUUCUUUAUAGCAUGAGGUAUUUUAUUCCACAAUAAUCUGUAUUAAUUAAAUUUGUAGGUAGGAGGUUUUGAUCAAUCAUUACAGGCUUUAAACACUGUUGAGUGUUAUAAUCCCAGUACUGAUAUGUGGACACCAGUCGCAAACAUGCGUGAACGCCGCAGUUGUGCCGGUGUAGGAGUUUUAAAUGGUGAACUGUAUGUUGUAAGCGGUCGUAAUGAAUCAGACCUUUUGAGUAGUGUUGAAAAAUACAGACCAAGUAUAGGAGUUUGGACAACUAUUGCAGACAUACUUUUACCUCGAAAAUAUGCAGAAGUAGUCGCAUUAAAUGGUUUAUUGUAUGUCGUUGGUGGAAUGAAUAAAACUUCUGGUUUGAAUUCUGCAGAAUGUUACAACCCAAAUACCAAUACCUGGGCCAUGGUCACUGCAAAAAUGAAUAUGGAUCGCUGUUUACCUGGAGUAGUAGUCAUUAAUAGGCCAAAACAUUUUAAAACUUGUUAGCAUUCAUGAUUUUUUUUUUUUGGUACAAUAUACAAAUAUUUUAAUAUUUUGCAUUAUAGCAUCUUACAUUAUGUAUAGCAUAUAAUAUAAUACAUGCAUUUUUUUAAUUUUACAAAUUUUAUGUUUAAUUUCUAUAUCUAAGGUUUGGACAUUUAAAUUAAGGUCUCUCAUAAGUAGUUAAUAAUGUAAC